AUGUCGGGGUUUUUUAAUAUUAACUUUGGUCAUUUAUCGGCGGAGAUGGAUUUGAAUGCACUUUUCGGCAAAUUACCUCGUGUGUUUUCCAAUGCUUCCUUUCUAAGCUUCCCAAGUCAGCGAUUCGAAGACAGUGCUGAUGGAUUCGACGCAUCUAUGAAAUUGGCAAGCACAUGGAUGAUCGAUUGCUUCAAUCACAAGCUUUGUCGAGAAAUGAUAGGGACGCUUCCUACUCGUGUCAUAUAUAUUGACGAGAAUCCCAAUAUCGCGCCGCGUCUCGUAGAGCCAAAAGGGCAAGUGGCUGCCUAUGCUACUUUGAGUUAUUGUUGGGGCAAAAUUGGUCAAUUACGAUUAGAGAAAGCAAACCAUCUUCAGUUUUUGAAUGCCCUUCCUGUUCAAAUACUCUCCAAAACGACUAAAGACGCCAUUAGAGUUACUCGAGCACUAUCGAUAAAAUAUCUUUGGGUAGAUGCUCUAUGUAUUAUUCAAGAUUCAGCCGAAGACAAAUCGAGGAAGCUCGCUGUGAUGGGGAACAUUUACUCUCGGUCCGUCAUCACAAUUGGCGCUGCUAAUGGCGACCAUGCAUAUGCAGGACUUUUUGCGAAGCGCGACCCACAUCAGCAGCGACCCUGUCCCGUUUAUGAAAUUGAAAACAAUGGUUUAAAACCCCAGAUAUUUGCUGUACUUCCUCGAGACGAUGAACAUGGCACGAUACUGGACAGUCGUGGGUGGAUUUUCCAGGAAGAAGUGCUUUCAGCUCGGACUCUCAAGUUUUGUCCUGAUGGCCUUCGCUGGUCUUGCGUGACUUUAUGUGCCACAGAAACUACACCAAAUGGCAAUUCGCAUCCAUCCAAUAGACUCGAUUAUAGGCUCAGAACUUGGCUUCAUUUUCUUGAAUGGGAGCCAGGAUGGAUUAGUACCUUGGAUCCGGAAAGACGAUAUUCCCAAGACUGGUAUGCAAUGCCAUCUGUGUUGGGCAAAGAAUACUACACUGUCAUUCCAAAGAAUGGUGGCAGCAUACCAAAGGCUGCAUCAUCUCUGGUAAAGGGAAUGAGUCAGCUUUCAAUAGGCGAUGUCGUCACAGAUAUGCCCUUCUUGAGGAAUGUGCCUAUUAGCUCAUCAGGAACAGCUCAGUUCCUGAAAGCGGCACUCCCUGAUCUCCAAAAGCGAGACGAAUUUAAAGCAAAGUCUCCAUCAUGA